GGAAAAGGGGCGGCAGCACUGUUUAACCGGAGAGCUAAGCUACCGCAGUUUUGGAGGGUAAAUUUUGUAUAAAGUAAAGCUAGGCAAAACACUACAAUGAAAGAUUAUUUGUUUUUAAUUUUAAUUGUUUAAUGUCAAUAAUUAACUGGCCAUUAUGAAUAGGUUAAAGAAAAAUCAGAGCUUUUUGGAGCCAACAUCGUCUUCACCAUUGCCUUCACUUCUAUCAGCAUCCUCAAGUUCAACACAUUCAUCCAGAUCUCUAUCUCCAUCCCAUUAUUCAUCUUCAGAUGUAUCGUUUACUUCAUCAUCAUCAGGAUCAUUCAAAGACUCACGUCCACCCUCUCCAGUGCUAUCACCAAAAGAGUCUACAAAAUUGCCAUUCUUAUCUUCAAAAAUGGACAGAGAUAUAAAGAGCUAUAACCACAAUUUGUCAAUAUCUGAGGAUAUGUUUUCUGACUUUAGUGUUGAAAAUCUUCGCAGUGGAACUCCUCAUCUCGAUGAACUUUUAAGGUCUAAAUGUACUGUAGAUUUGAAAAACAAUGACCUUUCUCAACUUUCAUUUAAGCAUGUGCAAUAUAUGCUGGAUGACAACCAAAAGUUAUCUGAUGAGGUCUCAGCGCUGAAAGCAAAACUGAAUGUUAUCAACGCGGAUUAUGUAAAUCUCUCGUGUCAAUAUCAACAACUUGAAUCAAAGUGCCAAACACAAAACAAGGAAUUGAUUGAACUUGAAGGAAAAGUAUCAGCUCUAACUGUCAAACUAAAAGCUGAAAGUGAAGCUAAACUUGAAGUCCAAACCAAAUUAGCUUUAGCUGAAUCGACAAUAGAAUCGCUGAACAGACAAAUUGGAGAAUUAAGUAAAAGUGAUUCGACGGCCAGAAUACGAGAAAAUUACGAAGCAAUGUUAAAUAGAAUUCAGCAACAACAUGAAAAUGAGAUUAUUUUAUUAAAAGGAGAAAACGAAGGUUUGAGAUAUGAAUUGGAAACCAGACAAGCAGAGAUAAACAAGUUGAAAGCUGAUAGAAAUUCUGAUAACUUAUCAAGUGUGAGUGAUCUCAAGCGAAGUUAUGAAAAAAUCCUCCAAGAUACUCAUGACAAGAAAGAAUAUGAAUCUAUGUUGAAGAAAAAGGAUGAAGAAAUCGAAUCUCUACAAAGGGAAAUUAUUGGACUGAAAAGCAAUACAUCAAAUCAAUCAUCAGCUCCAUCAUUCUCUGAUAAUAGUUGUAAAUGUGUAAAAAAGACACUGUCUCAAAGCGAUAGUGAUUAUGUAGCAGAACUCAAGGAAGAAUUUGAAAAAUGUUUAGUUAAUCUUCAAACUCGCCGAACACAAAUUGCCUCACUACAAUCCCAAUUGACUGGGGUCAAAAAAGACAAUACAGAACUCAGAGAGAAGUUGAAAGAGACCGAGAAAAAACUUUCUGAAACCAACGAAUUUUUAAGCAGUGCUCAUGAACCAUGGCUUAAAGAAGUCGAAGCUCGAUAUGAAGCUCAAUUCGAAAGGGAUUUGAAAGAAGCCAUCAGAGUUAUGGAUAAAACACAAAGAGAAGAAAUGGAAAGAUCAUUUAAUCAACGUUUGGAGGAAUAUGUGAAUCAACUGAUUGAUUAUAUCCAAUCAUUUUCUGACACAGACUACACAGAGCGAGACCAAGAUCAAAUGCACUUUAUUUUUGCUCCUUUGAGAAAACUUUGGACUGCAAUCAACUGUAAUCUAGAUGACCGUCUUAAUGAACUUGACCAAAAACAACAAUCCAUGUUAGAAGCCAAAGAAAAUUUGGAGAGAGCUUUAAUUUUAUCAAGAAGCCUAGACACUUCAGUUCCACAGUCAUCUUUAAUCCACCAGGAACUAGAAAAGAUCAAAGAGGAUGGAAUGCACAUGAAAGCUAAAUUACACAAAUAUAAAAAACAUAUCCAUCGUCUAGUGGAAAGACAUGAAAGAAAAAUUGAAGAUUUGCAGAAUCAAUAUGUCAAAACUAUAACCGAAAAGGAAAGAGAAUUUAAAAGACGCGAAGAACAACUAAUUAAGGAACUGAGUAAUGAUCCAUUAGCUAUUUGUCGGAAACUUUCCAGGCAUGUCAACUCACAUUAAUCAUUAAAUUGUAAAUGUAAAUGGACGAUCUUGUACUUUA